AUGGGACUCUGCGUUGCGAAGACCUUCGGUGCCACCAAUCUGAUCGUGGAGUGUGACUCUAAGAAGAUGGUAGAGAUGAUGAACGCAGCCAUGCGAGGGGCUGCUGGCGGCAACAAUGUCAUUCAGAGAGCAGUCCACGAAGCGGCUAGCAUACAGGAAGUGGUCUUCAAGCACGUUUAUAGGGAGCAGAAUAGGGCGGCUGACACCAUGGCCAAGAUGGCGCUCAACCGUCCGAUAGGUCUUCAGGUUUUCCUAGAGACUCCUCAAGAGUUGAGUGAGAUAAUGGAUCAGGAUCGCAUGGGUGCCACCUUCCCCAGACGAGUUUCAAGAGCCAUUCAUGGCGAGCAGCAGCAGUGCUAG